AUGGAAGAUAAUGCCAUUAUAUCCAAAUUGGAUGUAAUAAAAAGAUCAUCGAGUAGUCGAAAUGAAAAUAGUUUAAAAAAAUUUGGAUUGGAGACUAAUAUGGAAGAUAGUGCCAUUAUAUCCAUAUUGGAAGGAUUAAAAACAUCAUCCAGUAAUCGAAUUGCAAAUAAUUUAAUAAAAAUUCGGCAACAAGUUAUUGUUACAGAUAAUGGAAUUAAAAAAUUUAAAGCAAAUGGUGGAAUAUCUUUAAUGAUUUCGCUUCUACAUAAACCAAAUGAAAAAAUUUCUGAUUUGGUAUUAAGUAUUUUGGGUAAUUGCUGCAUGAAACAAGAAGUUGUUUUAGAGGUCGAAAAAUUAAACGGGCUCAGAUAUGUUAUCCAUAUUAUAAAAAACAUUGCCAAAGAUAGUAUAUUAUGCAGGGCUUGUCGUGUUGUUGGCAACGUUGCUCAGUUUGAAAACACCGUAGAUAAUGUUCAUGAAUAUGGGGCAGUGGCAGCAAUUUGUGGUAUUCUAAAUUCAACUGAUAAAAAUACAAAUUUAACGCCAUCUACCAAGUUAAUGGCUGUACGUGCUUUGAGAUUAUUAUGGACGAAUAAACGGCGACAACAUGAAAUGUUAACACAAAAUGUUCCAAAAACGAUUGUAAUGAUUUUAAUUGAACACAAAUCAAAAUGGUCGACCAGUCCACAAGAUAAAGAUUUAUUAUUGGGUAUUUUACGAUGUCUGUUACAUUUUACGGAGAGUCCAUCACCAGAAUUAGUUUUACAGAUGUUCGCUGAUGGUAAUGGAUUCCAAAGUAUUGUAUCGUUAAUACCAUUAAAUCCAUAUUUUACCAUGAAGUGUAUUACAAAUUUAUCAACAGUUGCUACAACUCGUUCUGUUUUGGAAACAAAUGAAGCUGCCCGAAUAUUAAUUGAACGUUUAACUGCGUUCAAAGAUCAAGAUCCAUGUUUAACAUGGCCGAUUGAAGAUUUAAAUGCGUUAUGUUUGCUAUGCCGACAUGCGGCUACACGCGAAGAAGUGCGCUCUAGAAAUGGUUUACCUUUAUUACUCAGUGUAGUAAAAAAUUCAUCAAACAAGAAACAACAAGGCCAGGUGUUACACGCUUUAUUGCAUUUUAUUUAUGAUGAAGUGAGUUUAAAAAUAUUAAUAUCGGAUGGUUUGGUCAAAACUUUACUGACAUGUUUAGCACAAUUUUUGGAUUUAAUGAAAUGUCAACAUAAUGUUAUUACGGAAAAGAAACAUCAAUCAACAUGUACAAUUAAUCAACAAAUACAAAACGAUGAACAUCGAUCCUAUGUUUGUAGAAAAUUAUUAAAAUUUAAAAAUGGAUCAUUUGCUUCAAAUAAUUUAAAACGUGCUUUUGAACAUUGUGACGAUACUGAUGAUGUGAUGGAAUUCCAAUCAAAUAAACGGGCGCGUUCCACAACAUUUGACGAUCAAAAUUCAGACAAAAGUAACGUUGAAGAUGAAGAAGAAAAAUCAAAAGUAAAAUUAAAAACGAAAUUAUCUAUUGACUGUGGAAAUUCAUCACAAAUAUUGGAAAAACCUUCUGGAAGUCAAUCUGGUGGUAAUCUAGAUGAUAGUUUAGAAGAAACUAAUCGUUUAAAUUUAAAAAAUAAACAGUUGCAACGUUACGAAGACACUUUGAGUCCAAUACCAUUUGAUACACGUUUGAGUCCACAACCAUCUACAAGUUAUUCACCAAGUUGUACGCCACCAAGAAGUAUUAUUACAGAUUUGGAUGAAGAGGACUCUAAUUCAGAUGAUUCAAUUCGUUAUUCACCUGUAUGUAGUGAUUCAGAAUCAGAUGAUGAUGAUGCAGAUGAUAAAGCAAAUUGGGAUCAUAAUUUUGUUAAUUUUGAAAAUGAAGAUUUUGUACAUUAUGAAAUGGGCGAUAAUGAGUUAGAGAAUGCAUUAGAAGAAGAAAUGGAACCAAAAACUGGGGAAACACGAACAAUAACUUGGUUAUUAGUAUUACUUUCACGUGUCUCAUACAUGGACGAUUUAGAUCCAACAUUUGGGAAUAUUGAUACCGUUCAAGUAUUACUGCGUUACAUGGAAUUAAGUAAGCAACCGAUUACUAGAGCAGCCAGUAUAUUAUUACGGAUAGCAAGCCAAGGAGAUUUUCUUAUAAAUCUAUUAAAUAAUAAAUUAAUAUUAAGAUUACAUAAUUUAUUACGUAAUCCAUUACAUGGUAUCAAUUGUAAACAAUGUAUGGAAAUCAAGAACUUUAUUAAUUAUAAUGUUAUGGAGAAAUUAACUCGAACAAUAGAAAGUGGUUAUGUGAAAGGGCAAAUAGCACAUCAGUUGUUAAAAGGCGAACUGGACAAACAACAGAAACUUAUUAUAUCAAUACCAUAUUUAGUUCAAUCAAAAAGUCUAAUACGUUCAUUAUUUGACCAUUGCCGAGGCUUACAAAUCCUAUUAUUAGCUGUAUCAAACAUCAAAAUUGACGAUUGGUGGGAUUAUGCUGUAAAUGCAUUAGGUUUUUUAGCGAUUGCAUUAAAUAUUAAGGAUCCAAAAAAAACAGACGAUCUCAUAUUAUCGAUAAACGAUAUCGACUGUACUACCGCCACUGAACAAACGGUCUCAUCGAACGACAACACAGCAGUAAUCACAUUCGAAUUAGAUGAUGAGAGCCAAGUACACGCUAAUCGUAAUUUAUUAAUUGAACAAUCCGAUUUCUUUAAAGUUCUACUAACUGGUGCAUUUAUGGAAUCAAAUCAAUCCGUAAUACGAUUAAGUAAUGUAACCGCUAAUGGUUUUCGAUAUUUAUUAACGUUAUUAAAACAUUAUCAAGAUAAUAAAGAAGCGGAUAAUGAUAGUUUUCCAUUGUGUGUGAAUUCAAGUGUAGCAUUUGAAGUAUUAAUAUUAGCGGAUCGAUUUUUAAUCGAUGAUCUAACUGAUACAUUAUCGCGUGCGAUUUUAAAAUAUCGUAUGUGUUCGUGUAAUGUUGCCCAAUUGUAUAAAUAUUCGUUAGAAUCGCAUACAAAUUAUUUACGUGUUGAAUGUAUUGCUUAUGGCUUAGUUGGUUUAACGGAAAAAUCACGUGUGAAUGUAUUUAAAGAUAUUAUUAACGAUGGAUAUGGCGAAAGUUUAAUCGAAGAUUUUUGUGAUUUUAGCAAAAAUCCAGAUAAUGUGGCUAUUGUAAAGGUAGAUUCCGACGAAAUGUUGUCUGCAAAAAUAUCUAGUUAG